UGAUUGGCUGACGGACCUGUCAAUCACCGUGUCCUUGCCGCCUACUUCCGCCCAGCUUCUGAGGCAGUCCUCUGUUCGAUUGUUUAUGUCGCUAGCGCUUUAAAUUUGACCUUAAUUCACAGGUUAGUGUGUUUGGCUGUCUGUGAUGCUUGGAGAGAGAGGCUGGGCUGCAGGGACAGGCCGAUGGUGGAAACAUGGCUUCUGAGUAACGCUUAGUUACUUUCUCUGCUCAGUAUGAACAGCGAGGAGGAGUUUUACGACGCUGAGACAGGGCUGGAGUCAGAUGAUUCCUGUGAGGUCAGUUUUAAAGAUGCCCUGGUGUUUGACAGUAAGCAGGUGACCGAUGGAAGCACCACACAGGAGAAUGGAGUGUGGGAGCGCAGGAAAACCCUGCCGGCUGAAAUGAUCUCCAGGAACAAUUUUAGUGUGUGGAGCAUACUGAAGAAAUGUAUUGGCAUGGAGCUGUCCAAAAUAGCGAUGCCGGUUGUGUUUAAUGAGCCGCUGAGCUUUCUCCAGAGAAUCUCAGAGUACAUGGAACACACUCACCUUAUCCACAAAGCCUGCAGUUUAUCUGACUCCAUAGACCGCAUGCAGGUUGUUGCUGCGUUUGCUGUUUCAGCUGUAGCAUCUCAAUGGGAACGGACUGGAAAGCCAUUUAAUCCUUUACUGGGGGAAACGUAUGAACUCAUAAGAGAGGACGAGGGAUACAGACUGAUCUCGGAGCAGGUGAGCCACCAUCCCCCCAUCAGUGCCUUCCAUGCUCAGUCUCUGAAGCAGGAGUUCGAGUUUCAUGGCUCCAUCUACCCGAAACUCAAGUUCUGGGGCAAAAGUGUGGAAGCUGAGCCUAAAGGCACCAUGACACUGGAGCUACUGAAGCAUAAAGAAGCGUACACUUGGACAAAUCCGAUGUGUUGUGUGCAUAACAUCAUCUUGGGGAAACUCUGGAUCGAGCAGUAUGGAACUGUGGAGAUAGUCAACCACAGCACGGGAGAUAAGUGUGUGUUGAACUUCAAACCAUGUGGGAUGUUUGGGAAAGAGCUGCAUAAAGUAGAAGGUCAUAUCCAAGAUAAGAGUAAGAAGAAGCGGCGAGUGAUUUACGGGAAGUGGACGGAGUGCAUGUACAGUGUGGACCCCAAGGUUUACGACGCGUACAAGAAGUCAGACAAGAAGACGGGAGGAGACUCAAAAAAGCUGAAGCAGGAACACAGUUGUGAAGGUGAAGAGGCAGAUGAGAUGCCGGACGUACAGGAGACUGUGACUGUGAUACCAGGAAGUGCCUUACUGUGGAGGAUAACGCCGCGGCCUCCUCACUCAGCACAGAUGUACAACUUCACCAGCUUUGCCAUGACAUUAAACGAGCUGGAGCCCGGCAUGGAGAGACUAAUGGCACCGACAGACUGCCGGCUGAGGCCCGACAUCAGAGCUAUGGAAAACGCAGACAUAGAAACUGCGAGUUCAGAGAAGGAGCGGUUAGAGGAGAAACAAAGGGCGGCUCGCCGGGAACGCUCAAAGGAUGAGGAGGAGUGGUCAACCAGGUGGUUCCAGCUGGGAACAAACCCCCACACAGGAGGCGAGGACUGGCUGUACACAGGUGGAUACUUUGACAGGAAUUACACUGACUGUCCCAACAUUUAUUGACGCAGGAGGUGCUCAGUGUGAAGAUCUCCUCUCUGAUAGGAUUUUCUUUUCUCUUUCUCUCAGCAUCUAAAAUUUGUGUCUUUUGUGACGUCCAGACGCUCACUGGUACCGUGUCUUUUGUUUGAAUCAAUGAAAAGCUGAUAUCAAAUGUUAUCAGUUUGUCAGAUUAUCUGCAAAUGGCUGAUAAUCCACAGGAAAAGAUGUAAUAUUAAGGACAAUUUUAGAGUUUACUUACUGUAAAUGUUGACAUCAAACACCUUCAUCUUUAUAUUCCCUAAUCAUGAUUCUGAUAAUAAUAGUCCACAUGUUACUCACCUGUUACCAGUCACCUGUGUCAUCUCUGCGGUGCUGCUGCAGGACUCAAAGCUCCGACUUCAGGUUUAGUUCAGGUAUUCCACCGUAGACCUGUAGACACACCACACACUUCUGUCAAGUUGCAUUCAGAUAUCAGGGGUUAUUUAAACACAUCUGCUACUUUUAUAUAUAACCUGUUUGGAUAUUAGAUGUCUAUUUUAGUUAGCACUAACCAUCCCUGAAACAUCACAAGUGUGAUAAUUUUCUGUGAAUAGAGACAUACAGUAGAAAUGAAAGCUGCUUAUAACCAUGUUUACAGGCCACAGUAAACAAAUAUUGUUGGUACAUUAUAUUGUUGUCCGCUGUAACAUAGAUAAUGUGUAUAAUAACUGGUGCAUGCAUGGUCACCAAGAUGAUUAUUUACACAAGUUAAAGCCAUAAAAACUUUUUCUGCACUGAUUAUAAAACUAAAUGCAUUCACAUAAAAAAACAAACAUAAAAAUGUUAAAACAGGGGUUUUCAAAGUCUGACACUUUUUAAAUUGUUGGUCUUUUUGUCAGGCUUUCAACACAGUCACUACAUGUAAAUGAAUGGAUAGAGGACACACUGAGCUUCAUUUCUGCUAAAAAUAUUACUAGUGCAACAUGAAAAAAUUCACAUUAAUGGGCUUUUUUACUCCUAUUAUUAUUCUUUGUCUUACUUUGAUUUGGGGGCAUAAUCAUCAUUUUGGGCAUUACAGCUCCAAUAAUUGGGGGCUAUGGGAGCUGUAAACAGGAAGUAUAAUGUUGCCAUGGAUACAGUUUAGUUAGUCACUGCUAGGCUACCACUUUAGGUUUUUUAAAACUAUAUUUGUUAACAUUUGGCAAAUUAACUAAAUGUAGGCCAAAUUAGAUAUUAGCAGGUCCUUUUUGCAAUUUACCCAUGGAUGUACAGACACCUAUCACUGGAUUACUUUCAUCCUGAAGAAAACUUUAAAAAAUGACGAUUCUAAGGCAAGUUCUGGGGCUGUAAUGAGGGUGUUAAUUCUGUUAUUUAAAUUUCAAUUUUGCCUCACACUUUGAAAACCUCUGGCUUAAGGAGAAAGCUGUGUCAUAUUGACUCCUGAUUAUAGCCGUUGUCUCCACACGUGGACAAAUGAACUCUGACUGUAUCCAGUCUGAGCUCCUGAGUCAUUUUUCAGCAAAUCAAAAGCCGUGUUUUUGGACACAGGCAGGACACUGUAGGCAUUGUGAACCUAUGCAAACUGAUCCAUCCAGUCUGCCCUCCUGAAAUGUGAAUACUAAAAAUAAAACACUUAAUUCUGGUUUAGCUAGUCGCCAACGUGUGCUUCAGACACUACAGAGGCAGCAGUUAACGAAUGUUGUGUGCUGAUGAUAUGAUGCUUACAUACAUGUGUACAGCAAUGUAGAGAUUUAUGUUUUUGAGCACUAAGCUUGCAUUAAACUGCACAUUUGACCGCUCACAGUCCUAUGCACAUAUUGUAUAGUGAAAUAUCCAACAUCGUGCCCCCCCCACUCCCCAUCUGAAUUCAAAGCACUUUGUCACGCCUGCUGACGCUCAGAGGUGCAGGUUCAGUCUGAUGGUUCUUCGGAUCUCAUACUCUUUACCCUCCUGUCUUUCUGUCUAGCAUCCAUUUGAAAAUGUUUACAUUGUAUGUUCGUUGAUCUCUGUUUCCCUCCUCUUCAUACUGUUAUCCAAACAUAACCAUAUGCAUUCAAGGCAUAUUUAAGAAAUAAAUUAUGGACUAUUGAAAUUA